AUGUCAACGAUUAAUGCAUCGACAGGUUAUUCCAACUUUCAUUUGCACCUGGGACGUACACCUCGUCGACUGCCCCCAUUGACGACGGAAGGUGUGAAAAGAACACGGGAGAGUUUCCCAACGGACGUCGCGAACGCUCUGGAGACUAUCAUGUCGUUGAAGACAGAUAUCGCGGAUGCGCAUGACGCCCUACUAGCAUCUAAGAUCAUACAAGCUAACGCAGCUAACAAACACAGAAACAGCGAACCUACCUUCGAGAUCGGAGACCUCGUCUACCUUUCGACAGCCCACAGGCGUAGAGAGUACCUCAACGGCGAUACCAAGAGAGUCGCGAAG